AUGGAGUCGAAGCAAACCAGUGACGAUAAAGAUGGGAAAUUAGUUGUAGUAACUCUUUCCAAAAAUCCCGACGAUGAGGAAGUGAACAAGAGAGGACAAUGGGCAUCAGAGGUCGACUACUUCCUGUCUGUAAUAGGCUUCUGCGUUUCCCUGGGCAACGUGUGGAGAUUCCCCUACAUCUGUAACCGAAACGGAGGAGGCGCAUUCCUGAUUCCUUUCAUUGUGUGUCUUGUACUGUGUGGUCUUCCUUUGUUCCUGCUUGAGGUUGCCUUGGGACAAUUUUCGGCAAAGAGCCCUUUACAUAUCUGGAGCAUGUGCCCAAUGCUGAAAGGUGUAGGUUUUGGUGUGCUGAUCAUGUGUUUCGGUUGUACGGUUUAUUUCACUGUCAUCUGUGCCUGGUCGUUAUACUUCGCCAUCUACACACUGAGGCCAAUCUUACCCUGGACUGUCUGCGACAAUGUAUGGAACACCGAUGCAUGUGUCAAGCGCGUUAACAUAGGAGUGUUAAAUUGUACAAAGGUCAACUGGACUGAGCAAUUAAAUACAACGUUCAACUCUGUGACAACAUCAUACAGUAAUGACUCUCAGGUUGAUGGCAGCCGGUGGAACAACGACUCUCUGUCUCACACAGCAGCAGAGGAAUUCUGGCAGUACAAAGCUCUUGGUAUAUCGACUGGCAUUCAUCACCUUGGACCAAUCAAAUGGGAGUUGGCACUGUGUCUUUUUGCAUCUUGGGUUGUAAUCUUUAUAUGUGUCGCAAGAGGAGUAAAAUCUGUGGGGAAGGCUGUGUACGUGACAGCUACAUUUCCGUACAUCAUCCUGAUUGUCCUGCUGGUGCGCGGCCUGACUCUACCUGGGGGAACAGACGGAGCUCUGUUUUACAUCACUCCCGACUUCAAUAAACUCCUGGAGAUACAGGUGUGGUUGGAAGCCUGUCUCCAGGUGUUCUACUCUCUGGGUCCGGCCUGGGGCUGCAUCAUCACCAUGGCCAGCUACACCAAGUUCAACACCAACUGUCUCAGGAAUGCGAUUGUUUUCACGUUUGUGUGCGAAGGAACAAGUUUGUUUGCUGGUCUCGUGGUCUUCUCUGUCCUGGGAUUCAUGGCCCACGAGGCCCAAGUGCCAAUAACGGAUGUUGUUUCGUCAGGACCUGGGUUGGGCUUUGUUAUUUACCCAGAAGCCCUUGCACAACUUCCGCUUCCUCAAGUGUGGAGUUUUUUGUUCUUCAUCAUGCUCAUCUUCCUUGCAUUAGACUCGAUGGGCGGAGUGUACGUCUUUCAGUUAUUGGACUGGUACCUUGUUGCCAUUUUCCUCAUCUUCACGGGUUUAGUGGAGUGUGUCACAGUUGCAUGGAUCUAUGGAAUUCGUCGUUUCAAUGACGACAUUGAGAUGAUGAUUGGCAGACAAGUUCCUCUGUUCUUCAAGAUCACGUGGUGUUAUGUUACACCCGCCAUGCUUCUGACAACGCUCAUCUUCACCUUCAUACAGUACCAACCACCAACGUACGGCAAGUACGUGUACCCCCAUUACUCGACGGUGAUUGGCUGGAUCAUCGCAGUCCUUCCGAUGAUACCUAGAAUCAAGAUGUCCCUUGCACCAGACGCUUCAUGGAUUCCGGCUGACAGAUCCUACCGUGAACAGUAUCUCCAGAAACACGGACAUUUGUCACUGUCAAACGUCCCUUCAGCUCGUCGGUGA